UAGCAAUUAUGAAAUAUUCACUGAGUUGCGAUGGUAUAAAAGAAUCCUUGUCAGGUCUUUGGAAUUGAAGCAUCAUACUUCUGACACCAUUAUGUUUGUCAUUCUUGCUUUGGCUGGUCUCGUUUGUGCCACUUCGGCCUAUAACGAAAUUGCUAAUGGAGUACCCACUCAGUCAGGGAUAACAGAAUGGAAACAACUCAACGUACACGAAGUGUGCUUCGAAGCAAGACACGAUCGUUACGGUUCCCUCUUUAACUACAUCCACGCUGGCCUGGUUGGUGCUAUCAAGCUGGAGUACAUCUCAGGACAUGUGCGAUGUGUGUCUAACAUUGCCUAUAACAGUCGAUGGGGCUGUGGUCACUACAGCUCAUUCGUAAAAUCUCCUCUGAAUGUCGUCAUAACAGAUAGAAACAACCACGUCAUUUUCCCCAAGAAAGAUUAUAUCACUAAUGCUGGUCUCUGGUACUGGCAUCCAUUUGUAAGCGACUCCAACACCAAAGAUCUCGUCUUCUCUGACUUUGCCCAACCAUUCUACCUUCCUCAAUACGAACAGAUCAGAAUUUGGUACGGUGAAGACCUCAAGAAUUGGUCUGAACACGAUAAUCAGGGAAGAGUGUGCGUCAAUGUUUACGCAAAAUUCAUCAAAUAAACGCUGGUUGGACUUUGUAAUCAUGGUGUAGAUCAUAACCCUAAUUUUUUGGUUAAUUGUAAUCGUCGUGGCGAUAGAAUUGUGAUUCAAAUAAACCAAGCGUUUUACACAA